UCCCCAUUUGGGAGAGGACUUGAAAACUGACUGCCAGAGAGAUUAAAUUAUCCCGUGAAGGCUGUGUGGAGAAAAUCCCAUCUCCACUGAAAUAAAUAUAUUUGACGGCUUGUGGAUUAUAAAGAGAUUGAACCGAGUGAUGGGAACUGUUAGUGAGCUCUGUGCAUCCAGCUUCCAGGCUUUCCUCUGUGUAAAUGUAAAACCAGUGCCCGCAGACCUGACUCCAGAGGAAGAGAUAGAGCUAGAAAGUAUCCGCAAACGCAAGCAGGAACUCCUGGCUGACAUUCAGAGGUUGAAAGAUGAGAUAGCAGAGGUUACGAAUGAGAUUGAAAACCUGGGUUCCACUGAAGAGCGAAAAAAUAUGCAACGGAAUAAACAAGUGGCUAUGGGCCGGAAAAAGUUCAACAUGGACCCUAAAAAGGGUAUUCAGUUUCUAAUUGAGAAUGAACUUCUAAAGAACACCAGAGAAGAUAUUGCACAGUUUCUGUACAAAGGAGAGGGACUAAAUAAGACAGCGAUUGGGGAUUACCUAGGAGAGAGGGAUGAAUUUAACAUCAGGGUUCUUCAUGCAUUUGUGGAGCUUCAUGAAUUCACAGACUUAAACCUGGUGCAGGCAUUGCGGCAGUUCUUGUGGAGCUUCCGGUUACCUGGAGAGGCGCAGAAAAUUGACCGGAUGAUGGAAGCUUUUGCACAGCGAUACUGUCAGUGCAAUCCUGGAGUCUUUCAGUCUACUGAUACGUGCUAUGUGUUAUCUUUUGCUAUUAUUAUGUUGAAUACCAGUCUACACAAUCCAAAUGUUAAGGAUAAACCUAGUGUGGAGAGGUUCAUUCUAAUGAAUAGAGGAAUAAACGACGGCGGUGACUUACCUGAAGAACUCCUGAGAAAUCUGUAUGAAAGUAUUAAGAAUGAACCCUUCAAAAUUCCAGAAGAUGAUGGCAAUGACUUGACACAUACAUUUUUCAACCCGGAUCGAGAGGGUUGGCUCCUCAAAUUAGGUGGAAGAGUGAAAACAUGGAAACGACGUUGGUUUAUUCUAACUGACAACUGCUUGUACUACUUUGAAUACACCACGGACAAAGAACCCAGGGGCAUUAUUCCACUUGAAAACCUCAGCAUCCGAGAAGUAGAUGACUCCAAGAAGCCAAAUUGUUUUGAGCUCUAUAUUCCAGAUAACAAAGACCAAUUUAUCAAGGCCUGCAAGACUGAGGCAGAUGGACGCGUGGUAGAAGGAAGUCAUACAGUUUAUAGGAUAUCUGCACCAACCCCAGAGGAAAAAGAUGAAUGGAUAAAGUGCAUCAAGGCUGCAAUCAGCAGAGACCCUUUUUAUGAAAUGUUGGCAGCAAGAAAGAAGAAAGUUUCCUCAACUAAGAAGCAUUAAAAUGACAGCAUUACAGCUUGAAUCAAAUAUCUAACAUUGGCCAUAUGACCUAAGGAGGUCUGUUUCCAAGUGUCAGUAAUAACCACAGUGCAUUCUGGGGCUGACUACGUGCUUGUGCUGGAGAGAAGUUGAUGCAAGUUAGAAGGCUCUUAAUGAGCUUAUGCUACUUCCUCCUCAACAAAUGAGGAGAUAGUUUUUACUCAGCAACCUCUCAAUAUUUCCCUCUACACAGCUGGUCUGUGAGUGUAGGGCUUCUACUUUACCUCCUCAAAGCUUUAUAAUUGUGAUCAAGAAUCUCUUGAUUUAACAUUUUUCUGUUGCAAGGGGCCUAUGAUUCUAUCAGCUAUAUACAAAAGACUGUCAUCUCUGAAGAUUCGUGUCAGCUGUUGUGAAAUAAGUAUAAAGCCAUGAAAAAUGGCCUUGUCAAAGUUGGUAAGGCCAGAGUUUUAAUGCUAAUGGACAGCUCGAUUGGAAUUAGGUACUAUGACUAAGGUUGAUGAUGAGUUGGGAUAGAGAGAGUCCAUUCAGUGGAGUUUAAUGGAGAGGGAUGUGUGGUGUCAAGAGAAUUGGAAAAUGAGAACACCUGGAAAGAAGGCAGCCACAUUACUACUGAGAAUAUUGUGCAAAACGAACUGUUUGUCCAUCAGAUUAUACAUUUUGACUUAAUUUUUUUAACUGAGGCUAUUUGUUUGUAGGUGUUUCACUUUUCCAUAUUGUUUUCUAUUUUUCAAUGCACUGGUAGAUAAAUACAGAAAAAAUGAGAUGACUAAGCAGUAUUAGUCUAUUUAUCAGAGCUGUAUAUACUUAAUGUAUAGAUUUCUUUUUGGAUUAUUUUGUAUUUGUUCAGUUCAUUUUAAGUUGUGUGAUAAAUUGGUGU